UCUAUUGUACCAAUAUUGUCCUUGAGAAGACUAAAUGCACUAAACUCAUCUGUUCAGGACUAGAUUUUCGCCGAUAAGCGGCUGGUGCGGUCGCGGCAUCAAAACAAUUUUUAUGUACACAAAAUAUUUGCACUUUAAAACUGACAACACGCGAUUAUCAACAUUAUCAGUUCUCAGAUGAUUCGUCGAGGUGUUUCAGUAGUGCUCUCAAAAUGAAACUCUCUAAACACACAAAGUCUAAAAGUCACACGUAACCUAAAACGAAUCAAUUUUGUUUUUUAAAACUUACUUAGUGAUAAUUACUUAGAGAAAAAAUUGUGCAUGCUUAAUUAAUUAAGUUAAGCCUUGCUUUCCGGUUGUGCUAUUGGUGGUGCUAUUCUUCGGGGUGCUUCUGAUUGGUCGGCGCAAUGUCUUCGUUCCAAUCACAAUCAUUCAUGAUGCUGGGGGCGGUAGUGGUGGGCGUUGUGAGCGCUGCCGGCAUGAUUAUUGCUGAACACUAUCGGCAGGAACGGCGAAGGCACGCCAUGGCGCAGGAUCUCGAUCGUCUUAAUCAACAGAUAACAGGCCUGCAGGGUCAGCUUGAAGUGCUUAAAAAACAGCAACAUUCUGGCCAAACCAGUGUUGAUGGUAGAAUCAAGAGGAGAUUUCGUUCAAGAGAGAGGACAAUGAGCAACAUCACAUCAACCACUGCAGAUGACUAUAACUCAGCUUUAGAUAGCUCCGAUAUGGAGUUUUAUGAUAUUAGUGAUGAAGAAACUUCAAAAGCAUCAACACUUACACCCUUAGAUGAUGUCCUAAAAGACAUUGAUAUUAAAUUAGAAGAUCCUCUACAGCUCCGCAAUGCUUUAUCGCAGCUAGAAAACUUACUCUUUGACUAUCCAAGCAGUACGGAAGUUCUUUGGAGGAUCGGCAAGGCUCAUCAACGGAUCGCCAUGGAAGUAACGGAUAUUUCGUAUAAAAUGGUCCAUCUCAAUGCGGGCUUAGAUGUAUGUCGCCAAGGCAUCGAAAUCAAUCCCAAAUCCGGCGACGUGCACAAAUGGUACGCCAUCUUGUUGGGUUCACGUUCGUCGCAUCAAGGUAUCCGCGACAAGCUGCGCGAUUCUUCCGAGUUCAAGCACCACAUUGACUUGGCCAUCCAGUUGAUCCCUGAAGACGCCACCUGCUAUUACCUGCUGGGCAGAUAUGUAAUGGAGAUUGCUUCGUUGAAAUGGUACGAACGCAAAGCGGUCGCCACGCUGUUCGAUAAAUUACCUGAGUGUACAUACCAGCAGGCACUUGAAAAUUUACUGCAGGCCGACCGAAUGGGAGACAAAGACUGGAAAAUCAACAAGCUAUCGAUUGCAAAGUGUUAUUUUGCGUUGGGCGAUUAUAAGGAGGGACUGAAAUGGCUGGACGAAGCAAACAACAUUACAAAGGCUGUGCUUGAGGAGGAAGGCAUCGAACAAGAGAUCGCACAAUUGCUGAGCAAAUACAACGGAUAUAGAUAGAUUUAAUUUUAAUGAAAGAUAUUUGAUAUUUUAGCGCAACCAAAAGUUAUAUGAAUUUUAAACGGUUAUUUUAAUGUUUGUCAGUGCAUUCCUUAAGGAUAUGAUGUUCAUUAUGAGUAUGCAUUUGUGUCUGUAUUGGUAUCUAGUGACAAGGGUGGUGAAUAUUACAAUGUUGGUUUUGUAAAUUGUUCAGGGGAAUGAAGAGGAAAGUAUGGUGUUACUUUUUGUUAUGAUCUAUUUUUAGUAUAUCUAUUAGCAGUACUCACUUUUAUCCUGUCUCUUCAACUAGAAGUAUGUGUAAUGAUGGAAGGUAUGAGAUGAUUAUUAAAGAUAUUUUAUAUCAUUAAUGAAUUAAAGGUUAUCGCAGAUGUA